AGACGCUGUGUCGUCACUUCCUCAGACAGCAACAUGGAGUCCGGGCUGAAGCUGAGUUUCUGGGAGCGCGGGCCGCGGCCCGGACAGUUCUACUCUCUGACCGGCGGCAGCAGCAGCACCGGGCCGGAGACAGCAUGCGGACCGGUCCGACACACACUUAACCCCAUGGUCACCGGGACGUCGGUGCUCGGCGUCAAGUUCACCGGCGGCGUCAUCAUCGCGGCGGACAUGUUGGGCUCGUACGGCUCUCUGGCUCGCUUCAGGAACAUUUCCCGCCUCAUGAAGGUGAACAGUAACACCAUCCUGGGAGCUUCAGGAGACUAUGCCGACUACCAGUACCUGAAACAGGUCAUCGAGCAGAUGGUGAUCGACGAGGAGCUGCUGGGUGACGGUCACAGCUACAGUCCGAAGGCGGUGCACUCCUGGCUGACCAGAGUCAUGUACAACCGGCGCAGUAAGAUGAAUCCUCUGUGGAACACCGUCGUGAUCGGAGGCUUCUACAACGGAGAGAGUUUCCUAGGUUACGUGGACAAGCUGGGUGUGGCUUAUGAGGCGCCGACAGUAGCCACGGGCUUUGGAGCAUACCUGGCACAGCCCCUGAUGAGGGAGGUGAUCGAGAACAAAGUGGAGAUCACGAAGCAGGAGGCUCGGGAGCUGGUGGAGCGCUGCCUCAAAGUGCUUUACUACAGAGACGCUCGCUCGUACAACAGGCACGAGAUCGCCAUAGUAACAGAGGAGGGCGUGGAGAUCAUCGGUCCUCUGUCCUCUGAGACCAACUGGGACAUCGCCAACAUGGUCAGCGGCUUUGAAUGAAGACGAGCUGUGACGGCUGACGCCUCGCUCACAAACGACCCCAGUUUAGUUUUUGUUUUUUCUGAUGUUCGUUGUAACUUUUUUGUAUAAUGGAAAAUAAAUCUGACCAAACAGA